AUGAAACGGGAUAAAGUCAUCCUAAUCACCGGUGCGAACUCCGGACUCGGGUACGAAAUCGCGAAGUGGUCGGCCAUGAUGGGGGCGACCGUGAUACUCGCCUGCCGCUCUGAAUCAAAAACAAAGGAGGCUGUAGUGAAAAUGAACCAGGAAUUUCAAGAUGAAAAAUCGAAGAGGACCUCGCAGUUGUCCGAGAACACAACUUUAGCGUUGGAGUUUAUGCACCUCGACCUGGUGUCGUUCGAAUCUGUGACAAACUUCUGCGAAGCAUUCAAGAAAAGCGGCCGAAAACUCCAUGUGCUGUUCUGCAACGCCGGUUUGGGGUUUAUUCCGUACCAAAAAACAGCAGAUGGCAUGGAGAUGUUGCUGCAGGUGAAUUACCUUAGUCACUUUGUAAUUAUCGCCAAAUUGCUGGAGGUCAUGCAACAGUCCGGACCCGAUUGUAGAAUUCUUCUUAUGUCUAGCGUCGCGCACCAAUGGGGUACUUUUGAUUUAAAAACCAUAAACUAUUCCGGACCGCCUGAUAGGUUUUCAAGCAAGAAUUACUACGGUAGAUCCAAACUAUACCAGAUAAUGCAAGCCGCCGCGAUGGGUCGCAGGAUUUCCGGUUCUAAUGUUACUAUAAAUAGCAUCCAUCCGGGCGUUGUCGACACUCCAUUCUGGCGCGACUGGGACUCCGGGAUAAGGAAAUGUUUAUUGUGCUGUAUUAAGUGUUGGGUGGCGAUCUCGUCAUUCGAAGGCGCGAAAUGUUCCAUCGACCUCACGGUUAACCCCAAGCACGCCGGAGUGAACGGACUCUAUUGGGUGGACUUCAAAAUCGUCACACCCAGCAGCGACGCACGCAACAAGCAGAAGCAAGAGGAAUUAUGGGAAACUACACUCGAACUAGUUCGGCCAUAUUUGACAGAAGAAGAGAUGAAGAGAAUCAAUUUGCGAAAUUAA